AUGACAAUUGAAAACACCUAUACUCCCACUCUUGUUGGACUCCACUACAAAGAACUUCAAAAAGCUCUGAACAAAUGUGGUAUCACAAGAACAACUUUACAAAUGACAAUUGAUCAAUUAAAUGAAAAAGCCAAAUUAAUUGAUCCAAGUCUUUCUAUAAAACCACACACUUGUUAUAAAUUUGCUGUUUUUAACUUGGGAUGCAACGAAAGUGUCAAUAUUGCAAAUGCUGAGGACUUAUCAAAUACAUCAUUAAACACAGUGGGUUUUAGUGGUUCUAGAACUGGUGAAAAUGUUAAUAUUUUAACAUCAACAGACCUACCAAGAACUGGAAAUAGUUUCACAAUAAUUCCACAACCUUUUCAUUUGAAUCUUAGUGCUUCAUACCAAAACACCAAUGAAGUGCAACAGAUAGAUGUUACACAACAAGAAAUUGAUUCAAAUCAAAUAGUUGGUAAUCAAAUUGUAACAAUACAAGAAACACGAACUCCUGUCAUUAUUGACAACGAAGAAACUUCAGAUGAGUCGACGAAUAUUGGUAGUGGAGAAGUAGUUGACCAUUCACAAAUUGACACUGAAUACACUGAAAACGACGAAGAAACAUUCGAACAACACAACACAUCCAUCACAUGUGAUGAAGAAUCUUCAAGCUAUGAAGAACACCCACUUGAACGCCUUGACGAUUUGAGUUCUGAAGAAGAGAAAAUGACUAGCAUACAAAGAGUCGAGAAUCGUAAUAAGAACAAAAAAUAUUGA